CCAGUUUCCCUCCUUAUCGCUGCCGCUGCUCGCUGGACGCCACCACGAUUUUCUUCCAGUUUCCAUAGGAGGAAAUGGGAGCUUCAGAGCACUAAACUAUACCUUAACCAACUUGUGGCAGCUGCUAGGGCUGAGCGAAGCUUUCUUGCACCAUUGCUUGCUAAACCCGGUAGUUCAAUGGGUUGGUGGGAAGGCGUCGGGGAACCUCGGGUUCUCAUUGCCCCUGAUCCUGGUACAAGUGGAAAUGGUUUAGGACGCUUGCUUUUGCUUCGUCAUCCCAAAUCAGGAAAUGCUACCCGCUACCUCUUUGUAAAUGGGACGCUUCAAGAGCUUCAAUGGUUUAAAAAAUCAUAUGGAUCGUGGUUCUUGGGAGAUUAUCUAUGUGAAGAUGGCAGGUUGUAUCUGUCCACUCCAGUGGAUCCUAUUUUCAUCAUGUUGCCCAUUUUUGAGGAAGCUAGAAUGAAGAAAGGGGAAGAUCCUGGUAAAUUCAGACAACUGGAUGAGAUCUUGUUUGUUGAUGGGUAUCCUGAAUAUCAACAUUUAUUGUCCACAGUGGAGAACUGUAUGCAAGUAGUUUGUGAAGUUAAAGAAGUUGGGUCAACGAAAUUUUUUAGGCUUGAUGAUUCAAAGGUUCAACGUUGGCUGCAUAUUAAGGUUUGUCAGCUGAAGCAGACACUACCCCAGCUGGGCAAAAACUAUGCUGUACAAGAAGAGAAAGACACAUUGGUGGACGCAGUCUCAAUGUUAGGAGAGUACUUGAGGAAUGAACCGUGGUUGCAGUAUUUGUGUAAUCAUCUUAAGUUAGACAUACUUGAGGUUACUGGGAAAGCACAAGUGAGCGAAGCUCCUAGUAAUGACCCUGGUUUUGUUAAUGAAUUACAGGAAAAGAAUGAGGAUAAAAAGCCUGCAAAAAGGGGAAGACAAGCGAAGAAGCCAAAAAUGGAGACAGAAUCACACAACAUUAAAGACAUGUUCACCAGGGCUUCCCGUAAGAAAAAAUAAGGCACUGUCAUUUGGUGAAAUAUGAGUUAAUUGUCAUUAAAUGGAUGGUGUUCUCCAGACACCGGGGUUAUGGGAUAAGCGUUGAGUCAGAUCUUACUUUGUACCGUCCAAUUUAUUUUGAGGAUAUGAUUAAAUAUUUUGCCCAUGUCGCUUUCAAUAUCACAUAGAUGACCUUUCCUCUGCCUUUAUAGACCACAUCUAAAUAUGAUGGGGGGUCGUUUACUUUAUCCCUUCACGUGA